AUGUUCCGUACGGUGGGGUUCGGAAGCGACGCCGCUCUGAUGAACGCCGUCAUCCUUGUGGUCGUCAGCGUCACGUCGGUCCUCGUGUUCACCUUCCUGGUCGACCGCUGCGGCCGUAAACUCCUGUUCAUCGUGGGCGGAGCCCUCAUGAUCCUCUGCUUCUCAUGGGGGCCGCUGAACUGGAUCAUCCCCACGGAGGUCUUGCCCGUGGAGAUCCGGUCGGCGGGACAGAGCAUCGACGUGGCCGCCAACCUCUGCGUCACCUUCGUCCAGAGACGGUCCUUCCUCGCCAUGCUGUGCCGCUUCAAGCACGGCACCUUCGCCUACUUCUCCGCCUGGGUCGCCAUCAUGACGGCCUUCAUCGUCGUCUUCCUGUCAGAGACCAAAGGGGUUCCCCUGGAGUCGAUAGACGACCUCUGGCGUUGCCACUGGUACUGGCGGCGGUUCCUCGUCGACGGGAGCAAGCAAGAUAUGAAGCCACCUCAACCAUGA